CGCCCGGGAGAGAGGCGAGGCGAGGCGAGGCGAGGCGAGGAAGGGCAGUCCCUCCCCCGUGGGCGGGGCGGAGCCGAGCCGACAAGAUGGCGGUGGCACUGAGAGCGGAGAGGGCUUUGAGGUUGGCGGCCAGAACGCCAACUCUCGCUUUUUUUCGUUCCGCAUUUGUUGCAAGAAAACGUAAUUAUAACCAACCAAACUGGCUUGGAGUUGGCUUGGCUUUUGGCACCAGUGCUGCCUUGUGGGCUUAUCUUUUCAAGCAACAUAAUGAUGAUGUAAUGGAAUAUGAAAGAAGAAAACAAGAGAGACAACAUAAGUGUACAGAUUGCUCCUAGUUGACAGUAUGAUCAGCAAGAAGCAACAUGCUCGCCACUUGUCCUGCAAAUAAGUGCAAGCAGCAGAAGUACAAAGUGUCUAAAUACUUACAUGUUCAUACAUUUCAUGUGCAGAAUUAUGAAAUAAAUUAUGAAGUAUGAAAGAAAAUUA